CCGCCAGCGACAGCAGGGUUUUCUAUCCUACAAUUUCAGGUGUAUCGCGCUGUCGAUGCAUGGGAAUCAUUCUUGGCAUACUGGAAAAGGUUCAGAGCCAGGCCAAAAUCAAGAGCCUCGGAUUAGCAGAGCAAGCUUUGUACUUGCUGAAGAUAUCCAUCCGGCAGUGCCAGGCCCUUGCGCAGUGUCGGUCCUGCAAGAGCCCCGCCAGACUCAUGACUUUCUCCGUCUUGCUUAUAGAAAAGAUAGUUGGAAUUUUGGAAGACAUUGCAUCAGUUUGGGAGGCCCACGCUGGGACAGACGCAUUGGAAAGGGGAGAGUCGCUGCAACACACCCAAGCCGGGGAGGCCUUUGGCAGUAUUCCCGCCUUGCUCGGAGAAUACCCAGUAGAUACGCCUCAGGAGCGUUUCGAUCUAUUUGGGUUCCUGAUCCUCCUACAAGUCAGGAAUUUGGGUAUCUAUUACGUGCACCUCAGGUCACAAACCGAAAGGGAGAGGUGGGAAACACAUCAUAGUGCGUUGAACCCAGUUGCUUUGAGAAUCCAAGAACUGCAAGAUGCCUUCUGUGGCAUAACUAUGGGACCA